AUGGGCGGUAUUUCGCCGGGUGAAAGCGCGAAACAGGUUGGCUUUUUUUAUUUUAUAAUUUCAAACGAAAAUUAUUUUUAGCACCGCGAAAGGCUUCCUGAGUUGAUUGAACAAUGUUUCAAAGGAGCUUCGAUAUCUCGUGAUCAAAUAUCGGCGAUAGCCGUGACAACACGACCAGGGCUCGUUAUAGCUCUGAAGGAAGGAAUUAGAAGUGCUAUUGGGUUGGCGAGGUAAACUCUUAAUGAUGAUUGGCCUGAAAUUGCUGUGAAAUCCUCCGUUGGUUUUAAGAAAAGCUACUGGUUUUGAAAGCCACGAUAAAAAAGGAGGAACUUAAAAACAGUCUUUUCAAGCCUCUAUAGUUUUUUUGUUAUGUGGGCCUUUUAUUGGUGAGAUUUUCGGAUCGAAAAACCUCAGAAAAAAAUUUUAUUUGAAAAAGGCAAUAUCAUUUAAACGAAAUUUUCAUUUGUGUUUGACAUUCAUCAACAAAAAAAUACUGUCGAAAAAAAUUUUCUGAAAAAAUAUGAGCUUGUAUCUUUUUUCGAAAUUUUUUUUUUCAGAGAACUCCAAAAAGCCACUCAUUCCCGUUCAUCACAUGCGAGCCCACGCUCUUUCCGCGUUUCUUUCAACGGAAAAUCUUCAAUUUCCGUUUCUAACCUUACUUAUUUCUGGUGGUCAUGCCCUAAUUUGCCUCGUCAAGUCUCCCGAAGAAUUUUCCAUUUAUGGUUCGUUUUAGCGAUUUUUAUCAUUUUGUUAGCUGAUAUAGCCCGUUCCGCGCCAGCUUGUCACGUUUUUCUUUCCGCCAAAAAUACCGAAUACCAAAAUACAUUAAAAUUGAGCAUCUUCGGUUCAAGGCCUUUUUGCUUUCUUUUUAGCAGUUUAUAGCGCAAAAGUUUGUAAUUACAGUAACUUUUUUUUUUGUUUUUCAAAAGGUGACCGUCUCGCACGGAAAGCACUAAAGUUGUCCUCCCAACUUAUAGUUUCUCAAACAAAAACAGAUGCAAUUUUACUGUUCCUUCGAAUCAUCAAAAAGGUUAAUUUUUCCGUUUCCAGUCAAUCUUGGAUCGUUCAAAGUUUGUAACGAAUUGAAAUUGUCAUUCGGAGGGAAAAUUUUAUUGAUUUUUCUAAGUUUUUUUCUUCGAUUCAAAAUCGAAAAUGCGGUUGGUUUUUGAUUAUUUUCAAGAAAGUCCAAAUUAAUCUUAUAUGAAAGUUCAAGCAUCAGCGAAAGGAGCAGAUAUGAAUUUUACGUGGAAAUUGAAAAAUUUCGACUUUUCAGCACAUAAUUCAAACGCACCAGAAGGUCUGUUAGCAAUAAAGUUGGUUUUCAAUGAAAAUUUUUAGCUAGAUUUUCAAAAUCAAUUUUUUUUGGCAUCAUUUUUUUAAUAAGCUACCAAUUUUUUUAUCGAAAAAAAAAACCCUAGAGUUUGAAUUAUUUCAUUGGGAAUAUGUUCGAAAUGAGCUAAUCCGCCAAUUCAUCUUACUUUUUUCUGUCUUCAUCUUCAUUUUCUUGCCGAUUUCCAGGCCAAAGCGUUUCGGGAAGUCCUGGCGAAUGUAUGGACAAAAUCGCCCGGGAACUUCAUGUCCAGCAAAUCCCCGAAUUCAAAAAUAUCCAUCCCGGCGCCGCUGUUGAAAUCCUUGCAAGUAGGUGGGUUUUCGGAUUUUCAAAGGAAAUUUCAAUUUUUUUUCGAAGUUUGUGACUCGAACUUUGUUCAAAAUCUUAUCCGUGUUGUUUCAAAUUUUUUCAGGGCUCUUCAAAUUGAAAAAAAAAAUUCAGGAGAGUGUUCCUUUUCAUCAAUCAAAAAAAGAGAUUUCAGGAUCAAUUUUUUUAGUUUUACAGUUUUCAUUCAUGAGAGCUAUGAAGAGUAUAGAUUUUUGAGUAAUCUUUAAUAUUUCCCGACCCCAGAUUUUCUGAUUUAAAAAAAUUUAUUUUUCUUACUACGGAGAAAAAAAUAAUCUCCAUGCUUCGAUACGGCUAUUUUUUUGAAUAAUUUUUUUCUAUUUUUUUCAUAGCAAAUAACAUUUUUUUGUAAACUUGCGCUUCUCCAGAGCAAUCUGAUAAUUAAAAAAAUUUCACGAAUUUCGCUUUUUCAGUCGAGUUCAAAUUUGGAACUCUGCCAUAAGCUUUGAAAAAAUAAGGGUUUCGGCUUUUUUCCAAGCGUUAAAAGUCGACUAAAAAUCAACUGUUCGGAAUUUUAUUUUUUAGUAUACCAGAGAAAAUCUCGAAAAAGCUUAUCAACUUCUCGAGAAAUAAAAGAAACUUCUGAGAAAAUAGUGAUAUUGAAGCACGUACAACCACCUCCUUCGCUAGAAAUAAAGUUCAAAAAACUGAAAAAAAAGACGUUCGAUUUGACGGAAAGUAUUUAAAACACUCGUAAUAUAUACGUUUCAAAGCUUGUAUAAAGUAAAAACUAUGAUACCAAAGACUUAUUGCCACAAUCUUUAUGGGUUUAAAAAGGUGAAUUCAUCCGAUUUUUUUUAAUUCUAUCAACAUGGUUGAGCAGAAUGGGAGAGGCUUGAUGGAGACUCUAAAGUACCUCCGAGAUGGUUCAGAUAGAGCUAAAAGGUAGGCUGGGGGUCUCACGAUGGACACAUUAUGGGCCCUUCACGACCCAUUUUGAAAGGUACCUUUGUGGACACAUUAUGGUAUCCUCUCGAUUCGUCUGUGAAGAAAACGCAACAUUUGUCACAGAAUCUUCAUUCGAAGUUAUGAAAAAUCAAAAAGUUUGGAAGAAAAGUUCGAUGCUUUUUUCAGGAUAAAGUUCUGUAAAUUUCAAUGUAAAAUUUUUGAUUGAACGGGAGAAAACGAGUUCAGAAGCUCCCAGGAAGGCCAUUCUCGUUACCCUAUCGCAAUGCCCAACACCGUCGGAGCCGACAUGAACUUCUCCCAAAUCAAAUCCCCCUACCUGAACAUGGCCCGAGCCGAGAUGCUCCGCUCCUACUUUUCCUUGGAGGAUUUUGCAGCCAGUUUGCAGGUUUUUUGAAUUUUUAUAACUACUAAAAAAUUCAGAAAAGUUUUUUUUUCCUCGAUAUUGUUAUUUGAGCGGAUGAAACAGUGAAUUGAAAUUUUUUCUUCUUUCAAACGCACUGUAAUCUGAGGAAUUUUAGUGGCCACUUAAGCGGUUGAAAAUUAGCGGCCACUAUAGAGGUUUAAGUGCUACUACUACUAGACCACUAAAAAUUUUAGUGGCCACUUUAGGGGUCAAUGGAUCAACAUAACUGGUCCAAUGUGUUUGUUUUAAAAUUAUCAGAGUUACUGGAAGGAAUACUGGGUAAAAAACUUCUGAAGUGGCCCCAAAAUAGAGAACCUGUAUAGUGGCCACUAAAACGGAAAAUAGUGACCACUAUAGGGGUGGGUUUAGUGGCCAUUUUAGUGUCCUCACCAAGUAGUCCUGCAAGCCUCUAUAGUGGCCACUAAAAAUUUCCCCGGUAACGUUUCAAAAUCAUUAAGUUUCAGAUUAUAACUGGUAAUAUUUUCAGAGAAUUUCAAGCUUUUUCUAACUGAAAACCAUUUUUUCAAUGGUUAUUUUUCAUAAUUCGAUAUCUUUAAAAAAAGGAGAAGCUUAUUUAUUUUUCUAGCACACGGUGACCAAGCACAUUGCGGGCAAGGUUCAUUCCGUUUUGGAAUGGCUCAAAAUUGAAGAAAGGCCGGUGAAACACUUGGUGAUCAGUGGUGGAGUUGGCGCGAAUCGCUACAUUUCUAACGGUUUUUCCUGGCUCCUAUGAAAAAAAAGAAGAUUUUUGAGGCGUUUCGAAGGUCGCUGCGUUUUAUGGCGUCGAAACCGUGGCUGUACCUCCGAAUUUGUGUACGGAUAAUGCCGAAAUGAUCGCCUAUACGGGCAUUUUGAUGAUGGAGAGAAGGUGAAUUUUUGGAAUGAGUAGGGUUAAAGUUUAGUUUUGGUCGUAGAAUCGAAGAAAAUUAGGUUUUUUGGCUAAGAAUCUAAAGGCUUUAUGAUGAAAAUAAAAUCAGUUUUUUUGUGAAAAAAAUUAUAAAAAAAUAAAUCGAUACUGGUUGAAAGUUGAGUAAAAAGGGUUUUGAAAAAAAAGUUCCAAAAAAAUUUUUUUUUAUCUUUAAAAAAAUGAGAAAAAAAAUUUGAAAAUUCCAAGGCUAACUUCAUAUUUUACGGGCAGGAAAAAAAGGUUAAAUUAAAAUGAAAAAAAAUUAAAAAGAGGCAAUUUUCUGUUGGAUAAUCAAGGUAGAAUGCCUUUUGUGAUAUAGAUGGGAAUUUUCGAGUAGAUUCCUGUGUUUUUUUUUAUGAAAGUAACGGAUAUUCUCUAUGAAUUUUUGAAAAAGCUGGACUUCUUUAUCCAGGAAUAAUGAAUUCGUUGGAAAAAUUGGAAUUUGUUAACUGAGCUAACCUUUUUUUUUAACAAAUCAAGUUGAGUUACCGAGUUUUUUUUGAUUUCAAGGGAAACAAGUUUGAAGGAAAAAAGGUGAAGCAUAGAACCAUUUGAAGUCGAUAAAACUUGCUUUCCAAGCACAUUCAACCAUUUUUUCAGCUCACCGGACAUAAUUCCCUGGAAAAAGCUGCCCGACAUGAUCUUUGCGCACGCGAGGCAGGAUAUUGGGCCGGAUGAACGGAGCCGAGUUCCGAAGCGGCCGGUGAACCGCCUCGCCAUGAAAACCGUCCAUGGAAACGAACCUGUUAGAUUCUUCGACAAGGAAUUCUUCAGAGCGCAGGCCAAAAUAGCUGAAUAG